AUGACCACCGGCGACUGCACAACGUUCUCCGCCAUUAUCGCGGAAGCCAUGAGCGGGUCACACGUGAUCAAGAUCGCUGGGUACUCGAGGAUGAAGGCGCUGGUCAGCAACGGUGAGUCCCUGACGUCCAUCCCUUUCAGCGCUGCAGGCCACACCUGGGUCGUCAGGUUCUACCCUAACGGCGACUCCGCGGAGAGCCAGGACUACCUGUCCUUCUACCUCAUCCUCGACUCUGCCAAUUCCUACGACGUCAAGGCGGUUUUCAGCUUAGAACUGCUUGAGCACAGCAAGAACGGGAGGCCUGCAGCGCCGGCGUCCUACAGCUUCACCACGGAUCUCCGCACAUUCUCGUACAAGGGCUCCUUGUGGGGGUACAACAAGUUCAUCCAUCAGACGGCUCUGGAAGAAGAACCGUCACCGCAUCUGAGAGACGAUUCGUUCUCCAUCAGGUGUGGCAUCAAGGUGUUCAAGGAGAUCUACAGCACAGAAACCCAGGGUGGUGAUCGUAAGAGAUUCAUGGAGGUUCCUCCGAGCAACCUGCGUCAGAAUCUUGGCAGCCUCCUGGAGAACAUGGAUGAUGGAUCGGCGGACGUGGUUUUCGAGGUCGGAGAAGAGAGGUUCUCCGCUCAUAGGUGUGUGCUCGCUGCCCGGUCGUCUGUGUUCAGGGCUGAGCUUCUUGGCGCCAUGAAGGAGAACGCCCACAGGCAGAUUCAGAUCGACGACAUAGAGCCAUCCGUGUUCAGAUCUCUGCUGCGUUUCAUCUACACCGAUUCGCUGGAUGGGAUGGCUCGAGAAGAAGAAGAGGCAGGUGAGGAGGAGGAUCUGGUGAUGGCUCAGCAUCUGCUGGUCGCGGCGGAUCGGUACAACGUCGAGAGGCUCAAGCUGAUGUGCGAGGAGAGGCUGUGCGAGAGCAUGGGCUCCGCCAUGGUGGCGACCAGUUUGGCCCUGGCUGAGCAGCACGGCUGCCACGGGCUCAAGGAGGCUUGCCUCGAGUUCCUUGCUUCUCCUUCCAAUCUACUGGAGAUGAUGGCGAGCGAUGGCUAUGAACAUCUCAGGAUCAGUUGCCCAUCUGUUCUCAGGGAGCUCAUUGCAAGAUUCCAGACUCUUGAUAUGAAAGCAACAAGAGAGAUAACCCUGGGUCUGUCUUAG